UCCUUCAGGGAAACUACGCAGAAAACUAUGAGAGCAGUAAAACAGGUUGGUCUGUUGGUCCGAACCGAGAUAUAAAGGAUGAGGGGGGCGGGGGAGAAAACCCAGACCGAGCAAAGCUCCAUCACCGGAACACAGAGUUGCAGACAUGAGGCUGCUGGGCUUCUCGGGGUUGCUGGUGCUGCUGGCGGUGGCGGUUCUGGGACCCGGCCUCUCGGAGGGCCGGACGGUCUCCGGACGUGAACUGAAAGUGCUGCUGCACCAGAAACUCCACCUGCCUCACAAACUGCUCAGAUACAAGCAGAGAAUCAUCAAUGUAGUUGUCUGUGAAGUUCAUCGGAGAACUCGUCUGCAAACUAAUGCCGUCACCGUGUUCGGGACGCGCAAAACGACCACAGCUAAGCCCACGACUACCACCACCACCACUUUACCUCCUACAACCAUCACCACCACGACUUCACCUCCUCCAAACAGCACCACCACGACUUCACCUCGUCCAACCAGCACCACUACGACUUCACCUCCUCCAACCAGCACCAUCAUGACUUCACCUCGUCCAACCAGCACCACCAGGACUACCACUGCCCCCACCACGCCACCUGCCGACUCUCCUGCUGAAGUCACAGAUCUGGACACAGCCGGGUCAGACAGUGUGGAGAUCGGCAGCAGACGAAGGCGAAGCCUCGCUGAGACGGACGAUGAGGGGUCGGGUAUGCCGAUGACCACCGCAGGCCGGAGGAACCAGGACGGAGACGACGUCGGCGAGGGGUCGGGCUCGUCCAUGACCAUGGAGGACGAGCUGAACGAGGAAGAGGACAAGUUUGACGAGGAGCAGAUGAUGCGAGACGACAACACCUUGGAGACGAGCAGCUCGGAGGAGGACGAGUCCGGCGUCUGUAACGUUCAGUCAAACAACUGGUCCCUGGGAUACUACGGGAUCUUCACGCUGCCCGACAGCCACUUCUGCUGCUCCGGCUACCGCUGGUCCAGAAACGUGUGCCAGACAGACUGCAGAGCCUUCACUGACGACGACAUAUCAGACGAUGUGGACUGCGUCGUAAAGUCUGGUUUCUGGAGGUUCCUGCUGAGGACGGCGUCUCGCUGGUGUUGGUUUCAUCACGGCCGAUUCUCAGGACGACAGCUGUGAGGCGACAAUCACCGUUCAACCCGCGCUGCUUUGGUUUUCAUCACAUUUAAUCAGUGGGAUUCCUUUAACUAAAUCGAAUUUCUUCUAUUGAGUCAGAGAAACUUUAAGAUAAACUAAUAAUAAAUAAUUAAGUUGACAGGGAUUUGAAUAAAUGUAAGUGGAUUUAUUGAUAUUUUAAUCAAUGAAGAAAAAUAAAUCAUGUGUGACUGUUCAUUUCUGCCAUUUAAUAAAUAAUCUUUGCUCAUUUUUUGAGUUCAAUGCUACAAUAAGUGAAGGUGGAAUAAAUGAAGGCUACAUCUUG